AUGGCUUCCAGCUCUGCGCGUCUGUCUUCUGUUGCUCGUCAAUGUACAAGACCUUCAUUACGCUCGCUGCACACUAGUAGGGUGUUGCGGGCAGAGGUCACGCCCAAUCUGGGUGCUCCUCCGGUACAAAAGAAACCAGUCGGGGGAAUUCGCGGCGGGGUCAUUGGCUUUCUAUUUGGAUUUUCCUUAGCUUCAUCUUACGCCGCUUACCAGCUCCUGGACGAGUACAAGCAGGCAUCUGCUGCCCUGCAGGCGAGCGUGGAGGAACUUCAACGUAGCACUGAGAAGGUCUCCGCACAUGUGAGGCGGAUAGAGGCUGUGGAGAAGGACUUGAAGGCCCUAUCGGAGUCCUCGUCCAGCAAAGACGAUCUGCAGCGGCUUCGUGCUGAGGUCAAGAAGAUAUACGACGGGCUUCAUAUUGAGUUCCUUGACCUAAGGUCCUUCGUAUGGGGUAUACAACAAGAUGUUCACUCGAUACAGAAGAAGGACUCGACGAGUGUUCGUAUCUAACUCGAGUGUCUGUGACCCCGAUGCACCCACAGACCUUGAUCUUGCGCUCAUCACUGGCUUCUGACAUAUCUGCCUCCACUUUUUCUCAGCGCGAAAUACAGUAGCGCUUGUUCAACGCAGGCUACAUGAGAACAAAAUAUUAGCCUAGAAGUACGAUGAAGUUAUGCUCAAAAUUCUUUGUUCUAGGACCUGUUGCACUGUCCUCUUCGUGCUUCA